GAGCGAUCCAGCACGGAAAUAGGACACGUGCUCGGCCGACGGGAACGCAUCGUUAAAAGAUCGCGGGCAGGACGAUGACUUAAGCUGCACGCUCGAGGAACCGCAAGUGGACGGGAAGGAAGGAAGGAAGGAAGGAAGGAAGAGGAAGCAACGAUAUUGCAAAUGGCUGUGGGGCAGAAUCGAUAUCGUGACGCAAAGAACCGUGAAAGUUGCCGAGGUCGAGGUGCUCUCCUUCACGUAUCACCGAGCCAAUCCAGCGUGUGUCGCUUCGAGAUCGAUGCGUGUAAAGUUGCCGCGCACUGAACGCCCCGAAGCCGUGUUGUUCGGUAACACGAACGUGCCGGAAGGAAAACGAUGACAAUUGCCCCAGUGAUUCUCGCGCGCCAGUGUCCCGUUUGAAACUUCGACAGGCCCACAGGCUGCAACCUCCCUUCGUCUUCUUUUCUUUUCUGUUCCUUUUUUCCUUUUUCCCCGCGCAUCGACAAUGAGCUUCUUCAACUCGUUGCAACAGUACGUGAGCGACAGCGUCGCGAAUCUGACGCUGAGCCCGAAAAGGUUCUCGUUCAGCCGCGAGGACACAACGACCAACGCGACCGGAAGGAGCGGUUCCACCGGAAGCGUCACCGGCACCACCAACACCAACUCUACCGCGCAGCAGUCCACCCCUCACGGUUAUCCAAAGGUGGUGCCGCCACCGGGAGCUGCGACGAGUUCCCAUGGCAGGUCGUUGUCUGCACGCAGACGGACCCUCGAGUGCACUUCCGUUCCCGGCCUGACGGUGCACCCGGCCGCCGGAAGUGCAUCGGGCAGCACGUCGCCCCGCAGGGUUGGCUCUUUCCGAAGAAGCACCGGUUCCGGCGAUCGGCCGCCUUUGAUGUUCUGCCGGAGGAGGCCCUCCUGGCCGGAAGUCGACAUACAAGCCACUUCCGGGGUUCAAGAAACAGAUGGCUCCUUCUUCGAAAGUUUCACCGCGUUAUCUUGGCGACAGGAAAAUCGAAGGCUCGUGGUGCUUCAAGAAGUGGAGGCCAGGGCCAAGGAACCGCCACCCCCGUCCAGAGACACCAGCUUGACGCAAUCCUAUCGUUUUACCAAAAAGGAGCUGGAGCAGUUGUACAUAGAAGUCCUCUACACGGUCGCCAACACUGUGGGCGCCAGCACCGGACAAUACGCCCACUACAAAGAGGAUCUUUAUAGAUACGCGCAGGAAGCGUUCGGAGUCCCGCAGGAUCAACAUCGACGAUACCUGAACAUCGCAUCGGAAGAGAAACCCCCGAUCGUCGUGCUGAGCGUGGUGGUUGUCGAAGCUGAGGGACUAGAAGCGAAAGACGCGAACGGAUUCAGCGACCCUUACUGCAUGCUAGGAAUUCAACCGGGCAACACGGGCGCGCCGUUGAGCCCGCAGACGAAUUUAACGGCGCACUCGCCGCACACGCCGCCAGCAUCACCGAGGCAAGCGACUCGCGCCCUUUCCGACGGCGGUGAAACUGAGAAUUCUCAUCACGAGAAAUUACGGAAGCAUCAUAGUUUCAGGUUGUCGUUCAAGCGCAAGGAGCACACGAGCAGACGCGAGCAUCGAGAAUCACUGAGCGGCGCGGUGCCAGCCAAGUUUAUACGCGCGACCACUGUGAAGCAGCACACGCUGAGCCCACGAUGGAACGAGAAGUUUCGUUUCGACAUCGACGACAUCAACACGGACAUUCUGCACCUGGACAUAUGGGACCACGACGACGAGUCCUCCGUGUUCGAUGCAGUGAGCAAGCUGAACGAGGUACGCGGUGUCAAGGGCCUUGGAAGAUUCUUCAAGCAGAUCGCGCAGAGCGCGAGAUCCGGGGGCCAGGAUGAUUUUCUAGGCUGCGUGAACAUUCCUCUCCAGGAUAUUCCAAGCACCGGGCUGGACCGAUGGUACAAACUAGAGGCCAGAACGCAACGAAGCACUAUUCAAGGUAGAAUUAGAUUAAAAAUGUGGUUGUCAACGAGAGAGGAUCGCGGAACGUCCGAGGAAGACAAUUGGGGUGAGCUGAGGCAACAGGAGCGACUGUACACGGUGUUUCUCAAUCACGAGAUGAACAAACAAGGAGAGGACUUCACAGGGGAAUUGCCACAAACGGCACUAACGAUUCUUCAUCAGCACGCCGUCCAAGGUGACGUCACGGAACUGCAACAAGCGUUAGUUAGAUGGGUGGCGUCAUCCAGGCAAUCAGCCUGCGAUCCAAGGGUUCUCCAUCGUCUCCUUCAGGAAUUGGACAACGUGUGGCACACAGACACCCUCUCCCGGGACGAGGAACAAUGUCUGGCGGACUCUUUCAACGAAUUCCUCGAGGUGACGUUGAAGAAAGUCCGACAGCACCGAGUAUUGUUCCCGCCAUUGCAUCGGCCAUCGAUCUCCAAGUUGGAUUAUCUCCUUCGAUGUUUGGGACUGCUGUCGAACAUGAAGGCGUUCCGUGCUUGUUGCCCGUUCAACAAAGAAAUCCGCGGAGAGAUAAUAACCGCCCUAAGAAAGGGAACCCUCGAAUGGUACGAGGACACGAGGCAGCAAACGAUGUGUUACGACAAGGAGCCGGAUCAGGACGCUGAUAAGGUCCUGCAGGACUUCACGAACCUGGUGACUGCGUUACUGGUUGACUUGGAACAGGGACUCACUUACUACAACAACCUCUUCGAAAGCACGAACGGCGUGCCAUAUUUCUCAGCGGUGUAUAAACAAUUGGACAAGCUGCUGGCGGAACACGUGGCGAAACACAUGGAGAACACAUCCGAGAUGCAAAACGAACUCGGAGCGAGGGUUACCACAGCUUGCCUUCAGCUUCAUGGCCAGAACGCGGACGAAGAGUACGUGCUACCACCUGGAGCGGAAAUUGGAACGCCAAUGUUCGAGUUGUAUCUGGCACUGCAGGAUUUCGUAACCAUGAAGGAGAACCUGCCGCAGUCUGAUCAUAAAACUUUAGCGAUUUGCAAGUAUUACGAGUGGUUCAGACCAGCUGUCGACAAAUGGUUGGACCUGGCUAAAUUGAAGGCGAUCCAACGCGUGAGAAAAUCGGCCGAGCUCGACCGGAUCUGCCCUGGCGAGUACAUCGUGAAGCAUGGUACCUCAGCCAUUGACGUUACAGCUUGCUUGUAUCAGAUUAAGGAAUUUUGGAAGAAGUUGGCGUGGCCGGAUCUUCCUGGAUCGUACAACUUGGUCCUGAAAGUUGUGGACGCGAUCUGUAGUUCAGCAGCCUAUUACGCGGAGAUAACCCAUCAAAAAUUGGCAGACAGUGGUUAUUACGAGGAACAGACGCCAUACAAAACAACAGACGAGGUAAUCGCUGAGAUGUGCGUGGCUGUUAACGGCCUCGAGUACGUUCGAAGAUGGCUUCUGAAGUUAGGCGAGGAGUUGCUGGUCGAGAAGCUUCUAACAGCCUUGGAGUGUCAAGCUGGCGAUUCAGCGCGAAUGCAGUGGAGAACCGCUUUGACGUCACCUUUGGAACAGACACCGGGACAAAUGUUGCUGUUCAUAAAUCAAAUCGUUUCAAGGAUCGGUACGAAGAUGAGACCACCGUUGAAGAAAGCGAUGUUCCAUCUAGCUUGGUCGCCGGACAGUUUACCCACCUCGGAGGCUAUCGCGCCGUUGCUCGAGUAUUUAGACAUGCACCUGGUGGUGCUUAACUCGGCGCUGCUUAUAGUGAAUUUCAAUCGAGUCCUCCAAGACAUCUGGGAAGUGGUCCUGGCUGAGCUUAGCAACCAGAUGGACGGAAACGCCGGCGAUAAACCAGCAAUGUUUUACGAAAGACUUCACGAAGCUUUGGACUUAUUGGUGAAGUUCUUCCACGAGGACGAGAAGGGUUUGCAGUACGAGGUGCUUCACUGUCAGAGCUUCUUGAACGUCGAGGAACGCCUUCAGUAUCACAAGAUGGACACAACGUUCUUGAUCGAUCGAUUCUAUCGACAACGACUUCAGGACCAACUAAACACCGUGUCGUCGGAGUAUGGCGUUCUAACAGUGAGAGCUUAUCUAAAUCACGACUCACUGUGCGUGGAAGUGAUAAAUGCCAGAGACGUGAUACCAUUAGAUCCAAACGGUUACAGCGAUCCUUUCGUCAUAAUCGAAUUGCUGCCACGAAGAGUCUUCGAGCAUUGUGCCGAGCAGCACACCAACGUCAAGAAGAAAACUCUGAAUCCUAUGUUCGACGAGUGUUUCGAAUUCUCCGUAAGCGUGGAGCAGUGUCGAAGUCCAGACGCGAUGGUGUUGUUCACUGUAAUGGAUCACGACGUGCUCACGGCGAAUGAUUUCGCGGGCGAGGCAUUCUUGGGGCUCAGCAUGAUACCCGGUGUUACCGACACGAACACCAGCAUAGACAAUUUCCAUGGCCUCAAGCACACCGAGUUACCCCUGAUGCAUCAGAAGAAUCGAAAUCAUCCGAUUCUGCAGAUUCUGGAGACGAGAGUCGGCGACAAGAUGGCCCUCGAUUUCGUGAAGAAGCAGAAGCAACGAUUCGCCUCGACGUAAAACGACAGAUUCGUCUAAUGAACGAACGAACGAAGCGAGGGAUGAGCAUCGCGGAUAACGAGGGAAUUUUCGUCGUCGACGUCGCGUUGAAUUUCAGCGGCCGAUGAGGGCGUGAGGGGGAGAGAAACGAAGAGAAAACUAAAACGAAACGAACAAAUCAAAAGUCCAUCCCCGCGGAAUGCUCGUCGACUCUUUUCCCCGGGGCUCUUAGCCCUGAAAUUCGUCAGAUCUUUUCUCAGUGUAAAUCGUGUUGAAUAUAGUCAGUGUGUUGGUAACUAAGGAAAUUAAUUAAACGAAACGAGAAAUAA